AUGGCGCGACUGAAUGAACCACCUGCCGCUUCUGCGCCCGCCAUCACUACGAUUGGGAUCGCAGGGGCGGAGAGUGUUGACGCAUUGAAACGAAGAUUCAUCCGACAGAACCGCGAGCUCGCAAAGAACAACUCCGCACAAUCCCUCAAGAUCAGAAGUCUUGAGCUCGAAAUCAGCAGGCUACUUUCGAAUAACCUGGAACUUCGAGAGCGAGUGCUUGGAUUGGAAAAUGAGCUACAGGGCGCGAGGCGGCAGGCCUCAAACGCAGCGAUCAGGCGGGUGAAGGCGGACUUGCGAUCGAAAUUGGCAGAGCUGAGUGGAAUGGUCGAAGAGCUUGAGGAUGACGGCACAUCGGAUAUCACUUUCGAGAGAGAGGUGGUCGAGAAGGAAAGGAUACUCAGCCCAAGCCGGCAGCAAUACCGAGAAAGACAACCGCUGGCCGAACUCAUGCGAGAGACGCAAAUGCCGACGAUUGCAGAAGAUAAGACCUUUUCGCGACAGACUUUGGACAACGAGAGUAUACGUGCAAUCAGGCUGUCGGAUCAGAGCGCAGGAAGCGGCAGUCCUGAUAUUGGUCCUCCUCCUGUCGCUCACUUCGAGUUCAACAGCCAGGAAUCCGAGCCCAAGGAAGUUUCGCCUCCGCCGAUUGUGGAUGAGGAUCUGCUUCCAACUGUCAACCUCGAAACGAGACGGAAGAGAAAGGACAGUACUUCGAAGGUGGAUAUGAGACGAUCAUCGAUACUCGCACAGUCUCCCGUGAAGCCUGCUGGGGAUGUGGCGCCGUUGAUACUGCGGACUGGCGCGAAGAGGAAACUGGCAGAUCGAGAUACUUCUGCAGAUCGAACUGUGAAGCCACCAUCCCAAGACGACUUCACGUUCAGUCGGAGACCUGCGGCGGACCAAAAUGGGUUGGAAGGAGAAGAAAUCUCAAGCGUGGUUGAAAAGGUCUCGAAAGCGAAGAAGCCCUUCGUUGAUAUGGACAUGGCGCCUGCGUCGCCAGUCAAGCCCGUAAGGCGGGUCUUGGGCGACAAGAGUGUCAACAUGUCACCUAGAAAAGCUGAGGCGAAGGAAGCGAAGCCUCUCCAGGACGACUUGAAAAAGCAGCCUGCACCACGUCUUCCACCGACCAGCAAAGACCGUCCCCCUUCACGCGGACAACGAGUCUCUGCCAUCCCACAGCCUUCAUUCGCCGAAGACGCGCCCACGGCCGUCGACAUUGCUCUCCCCCAGCCCUCUGCGCCUGACCUUCCACCAAAGACCCCAGCCGCCUCCCUCCUGUUCUCGCCCACCCCGUCCGAGUCCUCCGCCAAACAAACCACAACCCGCGACACACCUCCGCCCUCCGACCUCUCCUCAAUCAGCAACACAACCGACGGCGGCGCCCGCCCCUCCCGCCGUGCCCGACCCUCAGUAAACUACGCCGAACCCAGCCUCGUCGCCAAAAUGCGCCGUCCCGGAAAACAAAUGGUCGACGCAAUCAGCGGCAUUCAAGAUCGGCGACGAACCAUGGGCCCAUCAACAGAGAAGAAGCAGAACCACUCCAGCGUCACGAUCAAAUCCGAGCCCGAAGACGACGACGAUCUCUGGAAACACACUGCUGCCAUGCCGGGAAGUCCGCUACGAGAGAAGAGCACGGAUCUGCACCACUUGCCCGAACCGACUUCUUCGACGCAGGAGGCGAUGAUGCCUGUCGACGAGAAUAAGAUCGUUGUCGCGGCUCGUCCGAAUGGGUUGGGGUCGAAUUUGGUGCCUGCGACGAGGAAACGGCAUUCGAUUCUUGAUCGUCGGGUUACUUCGACGCAAUUGCCGUUGGAGGCUUCGGCUUCUGUGACGGUCGAUGAAACGGCGAGGAAGUUGGCGGAGAUGGAGUUGUAUGAAUUCAAAGACUCGUCUUCGCCGGGACUGGAGGGUGAGGCGGGUCAGGACGCCUCGAAAGUGAAGAAGAUUGCGGCGGGAAGGCGGCAUUCUUCGGUUGUCAAGGAGGGUGGGCUGGGGGCUGUGAGACCUGCCACUGGUGCUGGUGCUGGUGCUGCGAGUUUGUUGGGGAAGAAUGAGGGAAGGGUUGAGAGGGCGGCGGGACGGAGGAGGAGUAUGAUGAUUUGA